GUUUUAAACACACAGUGUUAUGAGACAUGCUAAACAAAUAUAUUCUCACAAGUACAUGUAUAUAGCUGGACAGUAAAUUGAGAGAGGAGUACUUCAAGAACAUCAAUAGAACAAGAGUAACAACAGAAGGGUAAUGAGUUUUUUCGGUGCCCUAGAUAUCCUCAGUAGUGGAGGGGAUGGGGAGACAUUUGUGACAGACUUCUCAUCAUUUAAGAUUGUCUACCUGCUGACAGUUUAUCUACCUGUAUUAAUGGGGGCUUUUCUAUGGUCCCAGGAGCAUCUAGGAGCCAAGAUAGCAUGUUUCCCGAAUAUAGCUCUUGGGGAUAACCAGAACAAAGCUUUAAACUCUCACUGUUGGUCUGAGGGGUUCUACGUCACGGACCCGACUGACAUUACAAAAUCAUUGAAAACUCAACCACACAGGUUUUUCGCUAUUUACCUGGGAGUUCAGGCAGUCGUGUUUAUUGUACCAGUCUUGGUGUGGAACACUCUUACCAAGGCAACAUUAUUAGGAAUACUGGCAGCUACAAAGACAUUCCUCAGCGACCUGGCUGAUUUGUUAAUAGAUGGCUCUGAUGCCGAAGAUGUAAGGGAGGCUGGGAUCGCUAUGGUGAAGAUUCGAAUGCGUAUAGCACAAUAUUAUGAAUCAACCAUGGAGUUUGCGUACAAUUCUAAAAUAGCAAUUAAAUUCAUCGGGCGGUUAUUACUUGAAAUGGCACUACUGGUCACAUUCAUUGUUAUACAGCUUUUUGUUUAUGACUCAAGUUCUGAAAAGAGGUUUUACUGUGUCCUCCCGGGAAACUACACGAAUCAAGUUCACUGUACGCUCCCAAUGCUAGAUAUGCUGGACAAUGUCUGGUAUGCCAACGUAAUCGCUCUUGGUAUAGCACUUCUUAUAAACAUUGUGUUUAUUUGCGGUGCUAUCAAAAAACUGUGUCAACGUUCUACUCCAGAUAUUUUCAUGGAGCUCCCAUUUGAUGUUGAUUACCCGAGUAAUUCAGUUUGGAAGACAUCUCAAGCGAAUUUGUCGUAUAAACUUAUGUCAUCAUUGUUUUGGGAAAAUAACCCAAUCACAACGCAGCUUUUUAUGGUGCAAUCGCUCUCAGCCAAUGAACAGCUCAGUGAGAAUUUAAUGAAGAUGAACAUUCAAGAAAGUAGUGCUUAGAUAAAGCAGGCUUUAUAUAUAGUAAUAUAAACAUUCGAAACUUGAAUAGAUUUUCACCUUCAUGAUUUAAUGUACAUCGAAAAUCCUCAGAUUCAAAGGAAGAAAAGAGAAAAUGGAUAGAGGCUAUAUCACCUUAAAAAUGAAAGGUUUAUCCAGAAAUAACAAUCAUGAAUAGAGAAAUAGCAAUUUACUCUGCAACAUAUCCCUUCUUCUUCACCAAGUAAAAAAUGAAAAAAUACAAUUCAAUAAAAAUGACAUUAUUAUUAAGCAAUCAUAUGUAACAUGAUCAAAAUAUACAAAUACAAUAUUCUUAACAGAUGCAAAUAAUAUGUAAAUUAUAAUAAGUAAGGUUACUGACAUGACUCGAUCUCUGUUGUAAAUUAUACAUCAAGAUUAGAUUAUUUUAUUAAUAAAAGCA